AUGGGACCGGCCCUAAAAUAUCAAUUUUGCCAUUUUCUAGGGAUUUGACAUGUACAAUCGUGUACUAUGUCAGUUCUGAUGGUUCUUCUGUGCGAUCCCUCAAUUGAAAGGCCCCGGUACGACACGUGUAUUCACCGAUGAUGGCGGAACGUGGGGAGGCUCCAGCCCCGGAGAUCAUCGGAGAAAUGGACGAGGAGGAACAGGGGAUGUUGAGGAACUUGGCCGCAGCCGGAGGCGCGAAUAAAGCAGAGAUACUGAAGAAGAUUCAACAGUACGCCGCCGAAAACAUGGAGGCCUGGAAGAAUCAGAAGGUAAACAUUGGCAUCGUGGGGGACCCCGGAGCAGGGAAGAGCACCUUCAUCAACUCCAUCCGCGGGCUGAAGCCCACUGGGCUCCCGGUGCAGCGGAGGUGGGGGUUACACACACUACCGAAGUGACCACCGACUAUCCCCACCCAACACGCCCGGACAGCCUUGUCUUCGUCGACUUUCCUGGCGUCCUCCUGGGGAGAGGAAGUGGUGACGAGCGCGACUUUGACAUCCAGCAGUAUCUCGCCAAGUUUGGGGAGAAGAUGGACCAGUGCCACGUGUUCCUGGUCUUCAGCAGCGGCCGUAUACAGCACAACGCCGUGCAGAUCGGGAUGAAGGCCCGGGAGAAGGGGAAGAAGGUGCUGUUCGUCAGGUCUCAGUUCGACAAAGAUUUGGCCGACAAGAAGAACGACGACCCCGAGUACUUCGACGACAAGACCGAGGCCGACCUGAUGGAGGAACUCCGCCAAGACUACAUCAACGUUCUGAAGAGGGUGGGGUGGGAGGGCGAAGUGAACCCCAGGGAGGUCUUCAUCAUCAGCGGCCGCCUCAGGAACGUGCUGGAGGGAUCCUGGGACAUCCCCAAGUUCCGGAAGGCGAUGAUCGACGGUCUGGGUGCUCUCCAAAAGAUGGUCGUCAUCAACACCUGCCGGGACUUCUCCAAGGCCACCAUCAAGGAGAGGGGAGACAUCUACAGAGGCAAGGUGUGGACCGUCGCUAUGGCAACUACUGCGGGCUCCUUUGUACCAUAUGCUGGUGCUGCUGCCAUACCAGGUGCCCUCGCAGUGGCGUACAAGCAGUACAAAGAGGGGUUCGGCCUUACAGAGGACGCGGUGGAACAGCUCGCCAAGAUGACCAAGAAGAGCCCAGAGGAUCUCAAGCAGUUCUUGUCCGCCAACUUGCUGACAGGAGCAAGGGGUCCAAUAGGGGAGAGUGAGACGCUGGCUGUUGUCCAGGCUAUCUGUAAUGGGUUGGGUCUGAUAACUGCCGCUGCUAUUGACCAAACAAUAGAUUUUAUCUUUCCUGUGAUCGGUGCUCUGGUCACCGCCCCGCUGGCCUAUGGUAUAACCACUAAAGUCCUGCAUGCUCUGAUUUCGCGCAUGGAGAAGUGCGCCAGUGAGCUGUUUGAUUAUGCCUUCAAAGAGAGCGCUGUGUGAAGGUUUUUAGAAGUGUUUUGAAAUGA